GCGGGUUGUUGGUCGCAUCAAAGGUUCGUCCUUCUUUUUGAUACACUAUGGCAUUUCCACAGAUCCCCUCUUUGUUGCAAUAUUACAAGAUAAACCCUCAUGAACACGACCUCGUCUGCUUUCUGACAGUACUCGAACAUCGGCAACAGCACACCUUUGCCAUGCUCAAGUGCCCUUGUCGGCAGCAAAUGGGAUACUGAAGUUGGUUCAACGCACUUCGAAGAAUUCAUUUACCCUAGCGAUGUGAGACAAGAAGUUGUAAGGAGCCUUUGCCUGCAACGGCUGCAUAAAUUCUGCGGAACACGAAUAGUGGAGAGAAGUAAGUGAGUGCAGAUCAAGCCGGGAUAAGAAAGCCUGAACAUGCCCGUGAGAACAAGGGGAUAUGUGCUGGAGAGUGAACUCACUGCGUGCCGAGGAACUACGAGGUCCCUGACAAAAAAGUCGUCCCCGAAGCUGGAAAAUGUGCAAAGAAGGCCUGGUGGCUCAAGAGGGGGGGCACUGCAUCCAGCUCUGCCCGUCAGAUGCCAAGAGGAAGACUGACUUGGAUGUCAGUGACGGUCAAACAAUGUUCAUCCCCGCGUGGUCGGUUUUCAGAAAGCUUUUUUCUCCUCGAAAGAACCCGAGGCAAUAGCUCUGCUCCUUCUGCUGUGCUCCAUGUGAUACUGAGGCACCCCGAUUUCGAGUCGAGAACGUUGGUGCGAGCCACGAGGGUAGGGUGAAAUUUGCGUGGCUGUCGUUUUUUCUGAAAUUGACUCGUGGUCCUCCGUUUUCGGAGGUUCUUCCUGCGUGGAAGCUUUUUCUUCUGAAAGAAAUUGCUCAGAACUCGAUGUCUAACAGCCGGAGAGCUACCCGGUGUUGGCUUAAAUCGCUAGUCCCGCCAGGCCGCCGACAACCGCCGCCGUCUCUGUCUUCGAGGUUUGAGGAACGAGUCCGCCUCUGCUCGGGAAAUCCGUCAGUUUUCCACGAUUUUCCGUCUCUCUCGACCUCUUACUCUUUUCACCUCUGCAAAGCCAAGCAACUCGCUGGCCUUCCGGCUUCCCCCAAUCUUCCGGGUCGACCGCGGAUCCGUAGCCGCCCACGACGGCGAAGACGAGUUCCCAACUGUUUUUACAGAAGCAAGGAACCGCCUUCCCGCCAAGUCGUCGUCUCUCUUGUCCAGUCUCCACUGAAGCAGAAGGGUUUGCCGUUCGCGUCUCUCCCCCCUCUUACAGGGAUUCUUGUUUCUCGUCUUUCUGUCUUUCUCUGGACCGCCGCCAAGGUCCAUCCUGCAUCUUCUCCACGUCUUCGUUCCAUACAUACAGAUACAGAGGUCUCCACCAUGGCGCUGAAACGCAUCAACAAGGAACUCAACGACUUGAGCAAAGACCCACCCACGAACUGCUCUGCAGGACCCGUCGGAGAUGACAUGUUUCACUGGCAAGCUACCAUCAUGGGUCCUGAAGACAGUCCGUACAGCGGAGGUGUGUUUUUCUUGAACAUCCACUUCCCGAGCGACUAUCCCUUCAAACCCCCGAAAGUCAAUUUCACAACGAAGAUCUACCACCCCAACAUCAACAGCCAAGGCGCAAUUUGCUUGGAUAUUCUGAAGGACCAGUGGAGUCCCGCACUCACCAUCUCCAAAGUUCUCCUCUCCAUCUCUUCGCUCCUCACAGACCCCAACCCUGAUGACCCGCUGGUGCCGGAGAUUGCGCAUUUGUACAAGUCAGAUCGGAUGCGAUACGACCAGACGGCUCGGGAAUGGUCGCAGAAGUAUGCUCAGUGAGAAGUCUGCCGCCUCCAGGUGUCUGCGAACUGCGUUGACACUGGGAGCGCAUGCAGCUGUCGACCGACUCGGACUUUCCAACGUGGUCUCUGCAUAUUCAAGAGUCUCUUUCUCCGAAGAAUCGCACAAGGCUCCAGUCUGUGUCAAGACAUUUGUGUUGAGUGAGGUGACACCGAAUCGAUUUUAGCGAGGACCUCGCCCGUUCGAGAUUGUGUAAAUGCAUCAGGGGACGUUGACAGCUGCUGUGUCGGGGACAGGUGCGCAAGCGAGAGUGUUGUGAGACUCUGCGUGCUUCGGCGAGGAGACUGUUUAUCGAGAUGAGACUCCCGCUUUUCUUCCUGUUCGCGUCCAAAACGAAAAGUCAUUUUUAUGUCGAGCGAACAAAGACGCCAUGUGGACCAGCAGAAAGACCUUCUGAGACAAGAAGCUGAGACUCAGCGCUCAACAUCAGACACCGAAGGCGGAUGCUGUGAUGCUGCUCCUCGCCCCGGCUUUUACCGUGAAACGCGAGAGACAGCAACUGCGGAGAUUCAAGUAUAAACACAAACCUGAGGUCUCCAGGGGAGAGUCUCCACGCCUCUCGUUGCGCACUGCAGCUUUUUGCCGCUUCUUUGUCCCUGCCAAACCUCUUUUCAGAUCGCGAGACUCGCCGCUUGGCUUGUGGCUCUCUCGACAAAUCCACACACCCACACACGCUUUCCGCCCACCAGUUCCUGUACCCAUAUAUCUCACAAACAUACUCACCGUAUUCUCGCCUAUGACUCAUACAUCCCCGUAAAUAGAGGCGUCCCUAUAGAAAUGGACGAGCCCGCACCAAUAUAAAUAAAU